CAGAAAAUACGGCUCUGAAGUCUGAACUGGGAAGUGCCGAAGUGGGAGCAGGAGAGGAGAAGUCGAAGAUAAUGGAGGAGACUGGAAGAAGGCCAACUGAUGAAGGAGAAGGGCCGGCGAUAGGGAUCGAUCUCGGAACCACUUAUUCUUGUGUUGGUGUCUGGCAGCCACAGCACGACCGAGUUGAGAUCAUCCCCAACGAUUUAGGCAACCGUACGACGCCGUCUUGGGUUGCCUUCACCGAUUCCGAACGACGCAUCGGCGAAUCUGCACAGUACCAGGCCGCCGUCAAUCCCUCCAAUACCAUCUUUGAUGUGAAGAGGCUGAUAGGUAGAAAGUUUAGUGAUGUAACGGUGCAAAAUGACUUGAAGCUCUGGCCUUUUAAAGUCAUCGCUGGCCCUGAUGGUGGCAGUGGUGGUGGAAAGAAACCAAUGAUAUCAGUCACUUACAAAGGCGAAGAGAAGCUAUUUACUGCUGAGGAGAUAUCUUCAAUGAUCCUCCAAAAGAUGAAGAUUAUUGCAGAGGCAUAUCUAGGCAAACAAGUCAAGAAUGCUGUCAUCACUGUUCCAGCCUACUUCAAUGAUGCACAACGUCAAGCUACAAAAGAUGCCGGCGUCAUUGCUGGGCUUAAUGUCCUACGCAUCCUCAAUGAGCCUACAGCUGCUGCAAUUGCCUAUGGUCUUGACAAGAAAGGAUCUGUGAAGAAGGACGUGUUUGAAGUCAAAGCUGUUAAUGGGGACACCCACCUUGGGGGAGGGGAUUUCAAUAACAGAAUGGUGAGCCACUUUGUAGCUGAGUUUGAGAGGAAACAUAAGAAAGACAUCAGCACAAAUCCUAGAGCCCUAGGGCGGCUGCGAGCAGCAUGUGAGAGGGCCAAGAGAAACCUCUCUUCAGUUACAGAAACGUCUAUUGACAUUGAGUAUCUUUGUGAGGGCAUCGAUUUCUCUUUGAGCAUCAACCGUGCACGGUUUGAGAAAAUGAAUUUGGAUCUCUUCAAAGAUUGCAUGGAACCAGUUGAAAAUUGUUUAAAGGAUGCCAAAAUGGAGAAGAACAACAUUCAUGAUGUUGUUUUGGUUGGUGGGUCUACCCGAAUCCCAAAGAUUCAGGGUUUGUUGCAAGACUUGUUCCAUGGAAAGAAGCUUUGCAAUAGUGUAAACCCGGAUGAAGCUGUCGCUUGUGGAGCAGCUUUUCAUGCUGCAUCCCUGACUGGUGCCUGUUUGGGUACGAAUAAGGAUGUUGUGCUUGUGGAUGUUACUCCUUUGUCUCUUGGUAUUGAGACGUAUGAUUUGGACAUGUCUAUUGUGAUUCCGAGGAAUACCACCAUCCGUACAAAGAUGACAGCGAAGAUGCAAACUGCUGUUGACAACCAAACAAGUAUUUUGUUCCCAGUGUUUGAGGGGGAAAUGCCAAUAGCAAUGGACAACUAUUUUCUGGGCAGAUUCUCCCUCCAUAACAUUCCUCCAGCACCCGAAGGUGUUGCUAAGUUUGAUGUUGAUUUUGAAAUCGAUGCCAAUGGCAUCUUGACUGUGUCUGCAGUACUAGUGGGUAGUGACAACAGAGACCAAAUCACAAUAACCAAUCACAGUGCUAGGUUGUCGAAGGAGGAGAUUGAUCGGAUGGUGAAUGAGGCUGAGGAGUACAAGGCUCAAGAUGAGCAGCGCAAGAAGGCAGCCAUGGCUAAAAAUGCUUUGGAAAAUUACAUCCACUACGCGAGGGGCACUUUGAGCGGCUGUGGGAAUAGGGCUGGGAUGAAAGACAAGAUAGCUUUGAGAGAAGCAGUUGAGAGGACUGGCCGUUGGUUGGAGUGGAACUACCUUCUCUGUGAUGCUCUCAAGUUUGAGGAAAAGAGGAAAGAGCUGGAGGCCGACUAGUUGAGGCCGAUGAGUGUUGAAACUCAGUAUUAGUAUUAGACACUAUUAGUUGCAGAUUAUGGCAUGUUCUCUUUGUUAGGCAGUAUGGUAAAGCUUUUGUAGGCUCAUGAUUCUUGAAGUUUUAUCUGGUUUUGCAGAUCCUUAUAUUGUCCAAAUUGACACUUUGUUGACAAUCCUCCUAAGUGUCCUAUAGAGGAGUAGAUCCUCCCCAUGGGAACCAUAGGAAGGGACUUUGCCAUGUAUGUGAUAUCAAUGCAUAACAGAGAUGUGUUGUAAAUCAAUUUAAACUUUGUCU